GUUUCAUCGCCAGCUAUUGCGAUUGCAUCACAGAACUACACAGCACGUGAACUAAGCUGCAACUCGAGCACCGGGAACGAGAUAGUCAAUAACUUUUUUUUAUAAAACGAAAGUUAAGGCGAAGAAUUUAUAAAAAAGUCAAAAUGUUGAGCGCCGCUAGAUUAAUCAGCAAGAACAUUUGCGCCCAGGGCUACGAGUCUUAUGCCCAAAAACAUCAAUUUAGCACCAUUGUUAAAAAUGUUGCUGCCACACAAAUCAUCUCAUCCAAACACCAAAAUGGUUUUCAACAAUAUAGAUAUAAAUCUGAAGGAGUCAAAGGAGCUGUUAUUGGUAUUGAUCUUGGAACAACGUUUUCUUGUGUUGCGGUCAUGGAAGGAAAGCAACCUAAGGUAAUUGAAAAUGCUGAAGGAUCAAGAACCACACCUUCAUAUGUUGCAUUUACCAAAGACGGAGAAAGGUUAGUUGGUAUGCCAGCUAAACGCCAAGCUGUAACAAAUUCAGCCAACACAUUCUAUGCUACCAAGCGUCUCAUUGGCAGAAGAUUUGAAGAUGCCGAAGUAAAAAAAGACAUGCAAACAGUAUCUUACAAAAUUGUCAAAGCUUCAAAUGGAGAUGCUUGGGUCCAAGGAAGUGAUGGAAAAAUGUAUUCUCCUAGCCAAAUUGGAGCAUUUGUCUUGAUGAAAAUGAAAGAAACUGCUGAAAGUUACUUGGGUACUCCAGUAAAAAAUGCAGUUGUCACUGUUCCUGCAUAUUUUAAUGACUCGCAGAGACAGGCCACCAAAGAUGCUGGUCAAAUUGCAGGAUUAAAUGUCUUAAGAGUAAUCAAUGAACCUACUGCUGCUGCUUUAGCGUACGGCAUGGAUAAAACUGAAGAUAAAAUUAUUGCUGUUUACGAUUUGGGUGGUGGUACUUUUGAUAUUUCCAUCUUGGAAAUCCAAAAAGGUGUCUUUGAAGUAAAAUCGACCAAUGGUGACACAUUCUUAGGUGGUGAAGAUUUUGACAAUGCUCUUGUCAACUAUCUUGCCAAUGAGUUCAAGAAAGACCAAGGUAUUGAUGUCCAUAAGGAUGCUAUGGCUAUGCAACGUUUGAAAGAAGCCGCUGAAAAGGCUAAAAUAGAAUUGUCAAGCUCCCAACAAACUGAUAUUAACUUACCCUACCUGACCAUGGACGCCAGUGGUCCAAAACAUUUGAAUUUGAAAUUGAGCCGAAGUAAAUUUGAGUCUCUUGUCGCUGAUUUAAUUAAGCGUACAAUUGCACCUUGCCAGAAAGCUCUUGGAGACGCAGAAGUCUCUAAAUCCGAUAUUGGUGAUGUACUUCUUGUUGGUGGAAUGACUCGUGUACCCAAAGUACAACAAACUGUCCAAGAAAUCUUUGGUAGACAACCAUCAAGAGCAGUCAACCCUGAUGAAGCUGUUGCUGUUGGUGCAGCUGUUCAAGGUGGCGUACUAGCUGGUGAUGUUACUGAUGUCCUUUUGCUUGAUGUCACUCCACUUUCUCUAGGUAUUGAAACCUUGGGUGGUGUUUUCACAAGAUUGAUCACUCGUAACACUACCAUUCCCACCAAAAAAAGCCAGGUGUUCUCUACUGCCGCUGAUGGCCAAACUCAAGUUGAAAUUAAAGUUCAUCAAGGUGAACGUGAAAUGGCCAGUGAUAACAAACAACUGGGUCAAUUCACCCUUGUUGGUAUCCCACCAGCACCCCGAGGCGUCCCACAAAUUGAAGUUACAUUCGAUAUUGAUGCUAACGGUAUUGUUCACGUUUCGGCCAGAGAUAAGGGAACUGGAAAAGAACAGCAAAUUGUUAUCCAAUCCAGUGGUGGAUUGAGCAAGGAUGAAAUCGAAAACAUGGUUAAGAAUGCCGAACAGUACGCCAAGGAAGACAGAAUAAAGAAAGAACGAGUUGAAGCUGUCAAUCAAGCCGAAGGAAUCGUUCACGACACUGAAGCUAAAAUGGAAGAAUUCAAGGCUCAACUUCCUCAAGAAGAAUGUGACAAAUUGAGGGAAUUGGUUGCCAAGAUGAAAGAAACCUUGGCUAAAAAAGACGAGAUGGACCCAGAAGAAAUCAAAAAGCAAACUAAUGAGCUUCAACAAGCCAGCUUGAAGCUUUUCGAAAUGGCUUACAAAAAGAUGGCUGCUGAACGCGAGGGAAACCAACAACAAUCCACAGAAACCGAAUCUGAAGAGAAGAAAAAAGAAGAGAAGAACUAAAUAUAAAAUUAUAGACCUGAACCUAAAAUUGUUUACUUGCCAUCAGACAAGAGGCUAUUCGCUAAUACUAGUUAUUAUAGCUUAAAUAUUCGAUGCUUGGUAAAUGAAAAAAAAAUUACGAAGUAUCGAAAUGAAUAGCAAGAAGCCAGGUUAUUUUAUACCAGGAAUUUCUGACGAUGUUUUGAUUGAGACUGGAUUCUUAAUCUUUAUAAAUCUACGGAACGAUUUUCUAUACAUCAAAAAUGUUAAAAUAUGACAUUAAAAAUUAAGUUUGACAAUUAUGUCUGAUGACUAGAAUAAUAAUUAAUUGUUUGUAAGUGGUUGAACAAUUUAAUCUAAAGUCAAAAUUUUAUUAGACGAUUCCAACGAGAAGCAUUCUGAUUUAUUUGCUCAAUUUUUUUAUAGCUCAGUUUUUAAAAUAUCUCGGUAAAUGGAGUCUUGAAGUGAAUUAGUAGAUCACCUCCUGAUAAUUAUUUCAAGCCUUCAUUUUCCUACAUCAAUUAGAAACUCAGCUUUAAAUUAAUGCGCUUUGACAAGCACAAUAUGUACAAAAUGGAAAUCAUUGUUAAAGUUUUAGUUUGUAAUAAUGUAUAUGUAAAUAAUCAUUUUUUAAUGAUAAAAAGUUAUUUAAAACUAUUUUACAUCUAUUUUUUCAUCCAAAUUCAACGCCAAGUACAACUUUAUUAAAUUAAUAAAAUCAGUUUCGUGUAUCGUCUAUCUAAUUUGAUUAAAGUUGGUGAAUCUUCAUUUCGCAUAUGUAAUCCGAAAAAACGAUAACUUUUCUGAACACGUUUGAAAUGAUUAAACAUAUUGAGAAAUUAGUUCUUCAUACAAUAUACGAUUUAUAAACAUCCAAUUGAUGUGUACGUACGAAAAAUUACAUGAAUUAUUCUUACAUGAAUAAUAAUGAUUAUUAUUUUUACAUGAAUUAAUUUUCUCGGAGAUAAUUGUUGAAUGAUAGUUAUUUCUUCUGUAAAAAUAGUGUUUGGUCUCAUAUUAUUGGCUAAUGGUGGCAAGUUAACUGCAUUAACUGGUUCAAUUUAUGUUACAGUCGCAUUAUAUGAUACAAAAAAUUUUGUAAAUCGAGUUGGGGAAUUUGUGAUCAGUGCCUAAAUUACAUACUUAUUUUAGCAUUACUAAAUUUAUUCGAUACCUAUAUAUCAUUCAAUUACGUCGUUUUGAAUUUUCAAUAGAAACAUUACUCAGAUUUUAUGAAAUUUUUACGCAGUUUUUUACUUUUACACAUAUGAAAUAAGUAUGUAGUUUCAAUUGAAGCUCUAAAUUACAAGAUUCCUGACUUGUAAUCAAGGACAUUUUUAAAGGGCUUGUUUUGAAUGUAAUACUAUUUUAGAGUAUAUAGAUGGAUAUAGAAUGUUAUGAUAUGUAAAUUGUGUACAUAUUUAAAUGCUUACGUGCUUCACAAAUAAUUUAGCGAGCUGUAAAGGCUUUUAAAAAUCGGAAAAACAUUUUUAGCAUCGAUUUAUUGUUAUCUAAUGUCGGUAAUUUUUUAAAAUUUGAAAUUACUUUCGGAAUUGUCUUUACUUUAAUUUUGAAGUAUUUCGAUUUUAUUCGCUUUUUAUCGCCAAAAGAUGAUUGAAUAGUUACAAAGCGAGUGAGUAUGAAUGAAAAAUAGUGAAAAUGAAAUGUAGUUUAUCUUAGUAGUUAAAUUGAAAUUUUUAGAUUAUGUGAAUUAAAAACUAUGUGAAACAUUCA